AUGGCGAAAAUGAGGGUUGCAAUUAUCGGAGCAGGAGCCAGUGGUCUGACAUCUCUGAAAUGCUGCCUCGAUGAGGGUUUGGAGCCUACCUGCUUUGAAAGAAGUGAUGAUAUUGGUGGGAUUUGGAGGUACACUCCAAAUGUGGAAAAUGGAAGAGCCAGUAUCUACCAGUCCGUUGUCAGCAAUACCAGUAAAGAAAUGAUGUGUUACAGUGAUUUUCCACACCCCGAUAACACCUCCAACUUCCUCCACAAUACUAGAAUGCUGGACUAUUAUCGGAAUUAUGCAGAAGCAUUUGGACUACUGAAAUAUAUCAAGUUCAGGACACUCAUUCGGAGUGUGAAGAAAACCCCGGACUUCUCGAGUACAGGCCAGUGGGAAGUGACUACAGAAAAAGAUGGAAAGCAAGAGACAGCCAUCUUUGAUGCUGUCAUGGUUUGCUCUGGUCACCACACUGAACCAAAUUAUCCACUAGAGGCUUUUCCAGGUAUAAAAGUUUUUAAAGGUAAAUACUUCCACAGCCGAGAAUACAAGACUGCUGAAGGAUUUAAAGGGAAACGGGUUCUCAUAGUAGGAAUGGGAAAUACAGGGUGCGAUAUUGCUGUUGAACUCAGCCGAACUGCUUCUCAGGUGUUUCUUAGCACAAGAAGAGGAUCCUGGGUAAUGAGUCGUGUUUUUGAGCAGGGUUACCCGUGGGAUAUCUGCUUUGACACACGGUUUCAAAAUUGGUUCCGUAAUAUACUUCCUGUAUCUGUUGUUAGCUGGUUAAUUGACAGGAAAGUGAAUGAAUGGUUUGACCAUGCCAACUAUGGCCUUCAGCCCUAUGACAGAACUCAGUUUAAAGAGCCCUUGCUAAACGAUGAACUGCCAAGUCGGAUAACAUGUGGAUUUGUGUUGGUGAAGCCAGAGGUGAUAGAAUUCACUGAGAAUUCAGUCAAAUUUGAUGAUGGAACUACAGAAAACAUUGAUGUUAUCAUAUUUGCCACGGGGUAUAACUUCUCAUUUCCCUUUUUGGAUGAGUCUAUUAUAAAAGUUGAAAAUAAUAAAACAGCUUUGUAUAGAAACAUUUUUCCAGCAAGCUUGGAGAAGCCCACUCUGGGUGUUAUUGGGCUUAUCCAGCCCCUUGGUCCUAUUAUGUCAGCUGCAGAGAUCCAGGCUAGAUGGGUCACCAGAGUCUUUAAAGGUUUGUGUAAAUUUCCAUCUUUGAAAGAGGUGAUGGCUGAUAUCGAAAAGAAAAAGCAGAUCACCAAAAAAAAGUUUGGCAUAUCAAGGGAGAGUGGUUUACAGCUGGAUUACAUUGAAUACCUGGAUGAACUAGCAACUGACAUGGAGGUCAAACCUAAUAUUUUACAGCUUUUCCCCACAGACCCAUUUUUAGCCCUUGCAGUCCUGUUUGGACCCUGCACACCAGCACAGUACCGUCUUGUUGGACCUGGGAAAUGGCCGCAAGCCAGGAAGCAGAUCAUGACCACCUGGGAUCGCAUAAUAAAACCAAUGAAAACCCGAACCGUGAAACAACAUGAAUCUAAAUCUAUGGGAAUGGCAUUUUUCCUUGGAGCUAUUUGUGCUCUAGUUGUGCUGUUUUCAGUAGUUGUGUACAAAUAUUAAGAGUGUGAAUUAUAGAGAUCUUCUUUAGAAGGUUUUCUCCUUUACAUUUAGAUUUUAAUAAUGGCCCAUUAUUUCCAGACUUUUUCCAGACAUCCUUUACUUUUAAGGAAUACUGAUAACAAGUACUAAUUGCUUUUGUUUCAUUUUAGCAAUCUUA